AUGGCCGACCGGUUCCCUUCCUUAGACGACUUCGACGAAGGCAAGACUGAGGUCGUCGAAGCCAACGGCACUGCCGACAACGAUGACUUUUUAGCCCGUGAGCGCGCCGCUCUCGGUGAAGACGCCGACCAAUUCGCUACACCAAACGACCUCACUGCGACCGCAGAGGACGAAGAUGACCUGAUCGGAGGCAACGAUGCCGCUCCACAAGUUGGCUCUCAAGAACUCUCGGGCUUCGAGUCGUCAUUUCCUGCUCUCGAGACCGGAAACGAGGCUGUUGCGCCUGGCGGAACCAUCACCGGCACUGGAUCCCCUUUUCCUGCCACCGGCUACUCGAGCUACGCGCCACCCGAGGAAGAGCCUGAAGUUGUGAAAGAAUGGCGAGCCCGCAGAGACGCCGACCUGUCUCGCCGCGCCGAAGAAGCCGCAGAAAAGAAAGCUGCCACGAUAAAGAAAGCCCAAGAAGACAUUGACGACUUUUACGAGUCGUACGGAAACCGCGCCGACAAGGCUCGCACCCAAACCCGCACCGAGGCAGAACAAUUCCUUGCCAACCGAGAGGACACCUCUGCCGGCGGCACGAGCUGGGAACGCAUUGCAAAGUUGGUUGAUAUCUCUGGCAAGGGUGUCAAGGGUGGCGCCAGUGGCUCUGGCAAGGAACGCUUCCGGGAGAUACUUCUCGACCUACGAAAGGAUACAAAUGCUCCAGGUUCCUCUGGAAUCUAA